GGUCACCACUUCGCACAUCUUGAUCACCGCAACAUCCACGCUGUGCCGACGCGAUAUCAUUGAUAUCAUUCAUAAACAGACUGCGAUAUUAUCCUUCUGCGCGUACAUCCGUCAUCAUGGCUCCUGCAAACCCUCGCAAGCGCAAAUCCGACCAGAUGGAGGAGCCAGCUUCUCCAGCUGCAGCCGCAACACCGACAGGUAGCCCCAGGAAAAAGAUGAGAAUCACACAAUCUCAGAAGCAGGCACUCAUGGACAACCUGCAACUUGAAAUCACCGAGAGAGCUCGACAAUUGCGGGCAGAGUAUGCUCUUCAAUGUGCAGAUCUCCGAACACGCCUCGAAAGACGCGUCCAUAGGAUUCCUCUGUCUUUUCGAAAUAUGAAAAUGGGUGAACUUGCCGCGCAACACGAAUCAGCAAAGGCUCAAGCUUCCAAGCAUACAUCAUCACCCCCUAAGCCACAGAGAAACAACAACACCAAACCCGGCAAAGACCGACCUCUACCUGCACUCCCAGAGGAACAACAAAAGAUUCCAUCUCCAGCUCGGCAAGCGCCACAGCUUUCGCCUUUGAGAGGACGAAAACGAAUGAGCUCGGAAAUCCAGAUCGCGUCUGACAAGGAAAACCAGGUUGAACAAGACAACAUACCAGUCAUCAAGAACACCAAGCGUGGGAAAGCCGCUCCUGUCAACGCCACCAACGGUGCCGCUCGCCAGGCGUCCCGUUCCGCCAAAACAGCAUCUGUCCUCUCACCUCGAUCCCAUAAUUCACGCACUCUUCCACGCUCGCCUAUCAAGGAAUUCAACACCACCAUGGCACCUGGAUCGCUCGCUAAGAGCUUCAUUGCACGGCCCGUCUCACCCCUCAAACCAGCCUCGCCUUUCAAGUCAGCCGCGACAGCAGCCACAUCUGCAAUUUCAGCAAGUGUGCACGGCAUGAUCGAGCAAGCAAAACGCGGCACCGCUGGAAGAAUGGGCCGAACAGCCUCCAAGGACAAAGCCACUACCAAAGCUUCAACCACCACUACAGCCACCGCCUCGUCACCACGUAAAAUGCUCCCUCCACCGCGUCCAGCCGCUAAUACGCAGCAACCACCAUCUCCACAGCGUGCCAUCAGUCAAUCAAGUGUCCACUCCUCUGCCACAGACAUGUCCACAACAUCCACCAACACCACAGUCGUCAAGCCCAAGCGCGGAGCAGCGCGGACAGCGACCAAGUCAAGCGCCGCCAAAAUAGCAGAGCAAAAGAGUCCUGCUACAGGUGUUGCGAAACGCGGAGUCGCCAAAGCCGCCAGCGCUGCAAAGUCGGCUCUGAAAAAGAACGCAACUACCACGACUAAAAAGGCGAUGGCGCCAGAGCCAGCAGCGGGUAGGAGAAUCUUGAGGAAGAGGACUUGAUUCUCUCUAUGGUCCGGUGUGGUGCGGUGUGGUUUGGAUCGGGAAGAUACGAAGCAUUAUGUGUUUGAUGUAGUGUAGAUGCGUUGGGCUGGCGUGUGAAUUGUUUGGGUUACAGGUUUGGUGUUUUGGGACGUGAUAUGCGGGAGUGGAUAGGCUAUUGAACGCUCCUUUCCUUGCGGAUUGUCAAAACCGCGUACCUAGGCUGGCCAGGUACAUAGAUUGACGUCGGACGUUGAUUGCGAUUCUCUCA